CUAUCUAGCAGCUUGACGUACUCACCUUCUCGGCCCCAACAAUGGUCAAGAUUUUGCGCUCUCUCCUCAUCCUUGCCACCGCAGCAUUAGCAGUCGCGGAGACGCCAACACAGCGUUGUUCUGGCUACAACCAACUCGUUCAGUGCUGUGAGAAUGUCGUCAUCACAAACAAGGCUCCCCUCGCAGCCUUGAACGUCGACGCUGGACCGCUAGACCCCUCCAAGUAUGUCGGACUUGGGUGCAGUUUACCCAGAAUUGUUAUCGCCCAGUCUGCCGUUAGCUGGUAUGUCUUCCACCUCCUGCAGUUGAGAUCGAGUACUGAACACGUUAAUGUAGUUCAAGCCCCAGUGCCACGGAAUUGUGCUGCAGUACUAACAUCUUUGUUGCGAACGAUGGAACGUUCACCGCAGUGAACUGUACAAUGGCCGCAAUCUGAGCUUGAGGUGGUAUUCGGAGGUCCGGUACCUCAGUGCAGUCGGUUCGUUGUCCUCCAGUAUAGGGUGUAACUUUGAGAAUAGCGGGCUCGUACGACUGUUUUCUUCUAGCGAAAUAGAUGUGAC